AUUUGUAUCUUCUCUCUCUGACAAGAUCUUUGGUUUAUAAGGGGGGAAAAAAACAAGUAGUUUCCUUAAGUGUAGUUCCAUGUAAGUCUAAUGACAGCUGUGAUUUUAUCUGUUUCGAGAGUCCUUGUUCAACUCGCUCGGCUGCAUUUUUCAGCGAACAUGUAAAGAAGAGCACCUCCUGCACGUAGUAUAUUCGUUUUGUUUUAGUAUGAUCGGUGGCUGAAAGUUGGCUGGAUUCAGUUCGGAUGAUGGAGAACAGAGUGUUAAAGCGCUCGGAGGACUGUAAAGAUCCUCCUCAGCUCUUUACAUACUAUCAAGGUGACAUCAACACUGCAGUGGAUGAGCACUUUUUCCGUGCCCUGAAUAAAGCAACCACACCAAAAGACCUCAGUACUAAAGCCAAGGACAGCAAUAGGACUCCCAAAGCUGAUGUACCAUCAUCAUCAUCAUGGGCUUCUUCUGGUCUAACAUGGCCUAAGUCCACACACACUUCCGGUUCUUCAAAGCUGACCCAGUUGACGUCCAUGGAACCUACACCUCCAUCCCAGGGAGUUAUUGUGAAUCCCUCAGUACUAUCAUCAUCAUCAUCCUCAUCCCUCUGGCCAUGCCCAUCCAGACAGGGCACGGCCUUCGAACUGCCUCAUAUAAUCUACCAACAGCCCAUGGCUGCUGAGAGCAGUGCCAACUCUUACCUGAACCUGCUACAAAUGGAUCGGCCAACAGGGGGCAUCAUGAUCUCGCCCUACUCAAAAUCAGAUACCAGACCAGAGUGGAAUUCUGGGACAGCCUUUAAGGAUGGAAGCAGGAUCAGCCUAGAUUCAGGUGUGCCUGUCUCAGAAAUAACUAAGGAUUUGUACUGGUAUUGAAGAAGUGAUUUCUGGCUCUGUGAUGAAAAUAUAUUUUCAGCAGAGGACUGCCUGUGUUUACAUUAUUAUAAGCUUAAGAAUUCUUUGCUUUUAGAACAUCUGGCAUAGUGAUUCAAACCAUUAUAUUCAUGGUAUCAAACAUUCCUCAGAGAUGAAUGGCGAUUAAUUGCUUAUUUUAGCCAUGAGCAUGUGAAGGAUCUUGUAGUAGAAUACCUGAUUGAAAAUAAUUUACUUCUCGUAGCUAUUUAAUGGGUGAAUGAGGAAGUAAAGUCUAUUUAUAUGAUUUGUAAUACAAUUAUAGUUUUACCAAACUUUCUUUGUGUAUAUUAUUCUGUAUUUUGAAAGUUAAUAUUAUUACUAUAGCAAUUCAAAAACUAUAGUCAUUUGUCAGGAAAAUAUAUUCUAUAUAGUUAUUUUUAGUUAAACUUUCUCUCUUAAAAGUUGCCCAUACCUUGGGGAUGAAAAAAAAAAACUUCAAGCAGUGUCAACUCUCUAAGUCAGGUUACACAGAAGGCCAAGUAAAGCUAAUGCAAUGGCAAAAGUGAACUGACAUGAGCAAACCAAAAAUAAAUGUUUCUGAAAUCGUGCAAAUAUUAUUGGACUUCUUCUUUAAAAACUUGUUUGCAAAACUUGCUUUACACUUUCCCCCUCAAGCUGUGAUGUAUUUCCCUGUCACAAACCUUCACUUUUGAUGUACGAGUAUGACAGAACAGCUAAAGGCUUUGCACAAUUAUGAUGAAUUUCCUCAAUUAUUCUCAAGAAUAGUAUAGUCUAUUUUCAGUAUGAAUACACAGGUGACCUGUUUAAUAAAUCCUACAUGAAAAUGAUCCUUUUGUUCAUACUUUACAC